GUAACUCAGCGGUCAUGAGAGUUUCUGUGUGAUGUGUUCUGCGUGACUCUACUGGGUGUUGUGAGAGAAGGUUAGUCAAGCUCAGAACUCCAAACAUGGAUUUAGUCACCUAUGAUGACGUACAUGUGAACUUCACUCAGGAAGAGUGGGCUUUGCUGGAUGCUUCUCAGAAGAGUCUCUACAAAGGUGUGAUGGUAGAGACCUAUAGGAAUCUCACAGCUAUAGGUUACAGUUGGGAAGAACAUACAAUUGAAGACCAUUUCCAAACUUCUAGAAGUCAUGGAAGGCAUGAAAGAAGUUCUUCUGCAGAGCAACACUCUGAGUUUAUUCAAUGUGGUAAAGCCUUUGCAUAUCAGAGUCAUAGUCAAAGGCAUGAAAGAAUACACAAUGGAGAGAAACACUGUGAGUGUAACCAAUGUGGUAAAGACUUUGGAACAAGGAGUAUCCUCCAAAGACUCAAACGAACACAUACAGGAGAGAAACCCUAUGAAUGUAACCACUGUGGUAAAGCCUUUGUAGAAAGCUGUACUCUCCAAAUCCAUAAGCGAAAACAUACAGGAGAGAAACCAUAUGAAUGUAACCAAUGUGGUAAAGCCUUUGCACAAAGCUGUCAUCUCAGAAUCCAUAAGCGAACACAUACAGGAGAGAAACCCUAUGAAUGUAAACAAUGUGGUAAAGCCUUUGCAGUAAGCAGUCAUCUCGGAAUCCAUAAGCGAACACAUACAGGAGAGAAACCCUAUGAAUGUAAACAAUGUGGUAAAGCCUUUGCAGUAAGCAGUCAUCUCGGAAUCCAUAAGCGAACACAUACAGGAGAGAAACCCUAUGAAUGUAAACAAUGUGAUAAAGCUUUUGUAAGAAGGGGAAAACUCCAAAUCCAUAAGCGAACACAUACAGGAGAGAAACCCUAUGAAUGUAAGCAAUGUGGUAAAGCCUUUGCACAUAGCGGUACUCUCCAAAUCCAUAAGCGAACACAUACAGGAGAGAAACCUUAUGAAUGUUACCAAUGUGGUAAAGCCUUUGCAACAAGCUGUCAUCUCCGAAGACAUAAUCGAACACAUUCAGGAGAGAAACAGUAUGAAUGUAACCAAUGUGGUAAAGCCUUUGCAAGCAGUAGUGACCUCCAAAAACAUAAACGAACACAUACAGGAGACAAACCCUAUGAAUGUAAACAAUGUGGUAAAGCCUUUGCAAGCAGUAGUGACCUCCAAAAACAUAAACGAACACAUACAGGAGAGAAACCCUAUGAAUGUAAACAAUGUGGUAAAGCCUUUGCAGAAAGCAGUACUCUCCAAAGACAUAAGCGAACACAUACAGGAGAGAAACCAUAUGAAUGUAAACAAUGUGGUAAAGCCUUUGCAAGAAGCUGUCAUCUCCAAAUACAUAAGCGAACACAUACAGGAGAGAAACCCUAUGAAUGUAAACAAUGUGGUAAAGCCUUUGCAAGAAGCAGUCAUCUCCGAAUACAUAAGCGAACACAUACAGGAGAGAGACCCUAUGAAUGUAACUAGUAUGGUAAACCCUUUGCAGGAAGCAGUGGUCUCCAAUGCCAUAAAAGAUCACAUACAGGAAAGACACCAUAUAAAUGUAACUAGUAUGAUAAACCCUUUGAAGGAAGCAGUGUUCUUGAAUAUCAUAAUCGAACAUACACAGCUGAAAAACCCUUUGAAUGUAACCAAUGAGGUAAAGCCUUUGCAGUAAGGAGUGACCUUUAAAGAGAAAAGACCAUACAGGAGAAAAAGUCUAUGAAUGUAUCUGAUGUUAUAAAGCCUUUGCAGCAAGCAUUGAUCUGCAAGUACAUAAAUGAACACAUACCAGAGAAGAACCUUUUAAACGUAACCAAUGUGGUAAAGCUUUUUCGAAAAACAAUAGUCUUUACACACAUAAAAGCACAUAUAUUUGAGAGAAAUGCUUUGACUUUAACCAAUGUGGUUAAACUUUUUCAAAAAGCAGUCAUCAACAAAAUCAUGAAAGAACACAUAUAGGAGAGAGAUUUUUGAAUGUUAGCAAUGUGCUUUUAUACCUUUUUUCACAAAACAGUGGCCUCAAAAUAUAUAAUGAAACACGUACUGGAGAGAAAUCCUAUGAAUAUCAGGAAUGUCCUGAAACCCUUCUACAUCACAAUCAUCUUCAAAUCCAUAAAGAACAUGUAGUGGAGAAAACUCUUCUGAAUAUCAGUAAUAUUAGAGUCAUCUCCUAACACAAAAGUAUACACACUGGAUAGAAACCCUAUGAAUAUAAGCAAUGUGGCAAAUGUUUUAUAAGUCACAGUAGUCUCUAAUUAACUAAAAGAAGACACACUUGAGAGAAACCCUAUGAAAAUUAUUAAAGGUACAAAGCCUUGUACAUUAAAAUCUUCAAAUACAUAAAAGAAGACAUAGAAGUGAGAAACCCUAUGUCUUUAAGCCGUGUGGUAUUGCCUUCACUUGUCAAUCAUAUUCAAAGACACAAAAGAAAUCAUAAUGUAGACAAAAUGUUGAGUGUAUUUAAUAUGGUGAAGCUUUUUGGAUAUUUCUAGAGUCUUCACAAUGAAACAAUCCAUACUGCCAAAAAAUUUAGGAAUAUAAUAUGGUGAAACCUUUUCAGAUUCUCAAAUAUUCAUCAUUAUGAAAGAGAGACCCUAUGAAUGCAUUAAAUAUGGGGAAGCCUUUAAACAUUACUAAUUCUUCAUCACCAUGAAAAUAAUCAUACAAAGGAUUCAAGAGGAUACAGGGGUGUUUCUUACUGUAUUGCUUGAGUUACAGUCCUGACAUCCUUUGGUGAGCAACAGCAAUUUGGAAAGUGUAAGCUGAAGAAACCCUUUCCUCCCCUCUGCUUCUUGCUCAUCAUGUUUGUGAAGGAAUAGAAACCCUGACUAAGACAAAUUGGUAUGAGGAGUGGGUAUUUCUGUGACAACCUGACCAUGUUUUGGGAGGACUGUGGAAGGACUUUGGGACUUUGGGCCAAAGGACACAUUCAGUUUUAAGAACUCUGUGGGAUGUUGUGUAGGAGCUUGGAAGAUAAUGUUGAGAACAGUGCAGAAGAUGGAGGCCUGGCUUAUGAAAUUUCAGAGGGAAAAUUAAAGACUCUUUUCAGGGCCAUUGCUAUUUUGGAUUGUGUUGAUUCUGUGGUUCUGACUAGCUAGGGCUGAAGAAUCAGCUGUGAUUAACAAGAUACCAGAACUACUAGAGUGAAAACUUUGCAUUACUGGGACUAUUGAUGCUGGUUAGCUGGAGCUAAGAAAUUAGCAGUAAUUAAGAAGAGACCAGCAUCAUUGGGGUGACAUCUUCUCGGAAGUGUUUGCCGAGAGCACAGAGGCUGUGUUCCAGAGAUGGCCAAGGUUUACCUUGUGCUAUGGCUGGACUUGUA